CAGCAGCUAAAUGUGCUAAAUAUUGCCAAGCGCGAACAGCUGACAAAACGACUUUUGGACCUUCUGCGAUUGAUACUGUGGCAGUUUAAGCCUUAAAGAAGCACAACAUGUUUGCCAACAACACCCGCAAUCUAGUGCGCAGCAGCUUUCUGCAGCGCUGCAAGAGCACAUUGGUCGUGGCGGAGCACAACAAUGAGACACUUAAUCCACUCACACUGAACACCAUUACGGCGGCCAAGAAGAUCGGUGGUGACGUCACGGUUCUGGUAGCAGGCACAAAAUGUGGACCCGCCUCGGAAGCUGUGGCAAAGGUUGAGGGCGUUACCAAAGUUUUGGUCGCCGAAAAUGCCGCCUUCAAGGGCUUCACCGCCGAAUCCCUGACCCCAUUGGUCCUGGCCGCCCAAUCGCAAUUCAAGUUCACGCACAUUUUGGCUGGCGCCUCGGCAUUUGGCAAGAAUGUGCUGCCACGUAUCGCCGCCAAGCUGGACGUAUCGCCCAUUUCCGAGAUUAUCGAUGUCAAAUCGGAGGACACAUUUGUGCGCACCAUUUAUGCGGGCAAUGCGAUACUUACACUUAAGUCCAAGGAUCCCGUCAAGGUGAUUACAGUUCGUGGCACGAACUUCCCACCUGCUGCCACUAGCGGCGGCAACGGUGCCGUGGAACAAGCGCCAGCCGGCGACUACGCCAGCAGCCUGACUGAAUUUGUUUCCCAGGAGCUAACCAAGUCGGAUCGCCCUGAGCUGACGGGUGCCAAGGUUAUUAUCUCUGGCGGACGUGGACUCAAGUCUGGCGACAAUUUCAAGCUGCUCUACGAUCUGGCUGACAAGUUUGGCGCUGCUGUCGGCGCCUCACGUGCCGCUGUCGACGCUGGCUUUGUGCCCAACGAUCUGCAAAUUGGCCAGACGGGCAAAAUUGUGGCGCCCGAUCUAUACAUAGCUGUGGGCAUUUCCGGUGCCAUUCAGCACUUGGCCGGCAUGAAGGAUUCCAAAACGAUUGUGGCCAUCAACAAGGACCCCGAGGCGCCCAUUUUCCAGGUGGCCGAUAUUGGACUAGUGGCGGAUCUGUUCAAGGCUGUGCCCGAGCUAACUGGCAAAUUGUAAAGAAUGUGUAGUUCUAUAAAGCUAAUUGAUUCUAUCAAAUUUAAGAUUUGGAUUGUGCAUUUAUUUGAAAUUAGUGUUUGCGGCAACUGUCCGCCCGUCGCUUCCCGUCUGCGCGCUGUCAUAGUGUUUGCUUUUCCUUUUUUGUAAUAAAAACUAAGCCGAACGUCUGACCA